GAUAAGUACUGAAUCAGCCAAUAUAAGCGAUUAACCAUGGCCUCAGCGAGGUCAGUACGAAUUUGGAUUUCAAUAAAGUUACAAGCCAAACAAAUAGCCGCAGAUCACAAUGAAAAUAUUAUGGCUUUUGGCAGCUUUCAUAGCUGUCACUUUAGCAGAGGAAGAUAAUCCAUGUUUAGGUAAUGAAGGAAUUCGAAGAUUUCCUGAUUCGACUGAUUGUACCCGAUUCUACCUCUGUAUCGGGGAAGAAUCGUUUCCCUCGCAAUGUGGAGUGGAUAUGAUUUUUGACGUGAUCACAGAACAAUGCAAUGAUGAAUCUGUUUCCGUAUGCAUUAAGGAUAUUGAGACUCCUCCAACACCUUCAGUACCAGGUGACACCACAACAGCUACAGAUGAUGACACAACUGGAGUUCCAGAGGCUCCCACUGGAUCAACAACGCUUGCCCCAGAAGCACCUACACCUGAACCAGCACCUACUACAGUAACAACUCCAGCAACAACAACGAUAGCUACAGCUCCUACUCCAGAACCAACAACAACAACAACAACACCAACAACAACAAUCCCCACAGCGCCCCCCGCAACAACCACCACUCCCGCUCCGGUAACAACCACUACUCCCGCUCCGAUAACAACUACCACUCCCGCCCCAACGUCAGCGCCUACCACAACAUUACCACCAGGCCCAGAACCACACUGCCCUCUGGAUCAGACGUUCUAUGCCCCUCACCCGAACUGCAAUAUGUUCUUCCGUUGUUUCUUCGGAACACUCUUUGUGCUCGAGUGUCCCCCGAACCAGUACUGGAAUCAGGACCGAAAAUACUGUGAUCACCCAUUCAAUGUGCAGUGUCCGUCCGGAUGAGCCCCGGCAAGCUGCAGACGACGAUUAUAAAUUUUAGUACUUUUUUUUUCGAAUAAUCACGGAAAUCAGUAACGUUAGAUAUCAAAAAUGUGCAUCCGAUGGUAGUGAAUAAAGCAUCUAUGAAUUAAUUAUAUUUGA